ACCGCAGAGUGAAAAGGAGCAGAAGAGAGAAGCCGAGAAGGGGACAAGAGGAGUUACGCAGCUGAAGGUGAGAAGAAGACAGAGGCGACGAGACCACCAUGAGCGCUCUCAAGUUCUGCCGCGAAUGCAACAACAUGCUGUACCCGCGGGAGGACAAGGAGACCCGCACCCUCCUCUACGCUUGCCAGUCCUGCGAGCAUCAGGAGGUUGCUUCAGAUACUUGUGUGUACAAAAGGGUUCUUCGUAAGCCUUCUGGUGAACCCAAAGAUGUCCUGAAGGAUGUAGCAGCUGAUCCUAGCCUGCCUCGCACCAGAAGUGUUAGAUGCUACAACUGCAACCAUCCAGAAGCUGCUUUUUUCCAGGCCCCAACUAAGGGAGAGAAAGCCAUGACGCUGUACUUCAUCUGCUGCAACCCGAGCUGUGGCCACAGGUGGAGGGACUGAGAAGGAUCCGGGUCUGGGAAAUCAGUCCCAGAAUGAUCACUAUUCUCUCCACAAAACUUAGUAGUAGACUGGUAGUUGUUGGCACGAACCUUCACCUGCAGUCUGUGACUGGACCGGUACCGCUGGUUAAGAAGACUUUGAUGCAAACCUGCCCUUUGUAUGCGUGCUUGGUUUUCAUUGUUAGCUUAUCGCCAGGGUAAUGUUGUGUGACAAGAUCCGGUGUAACUAUUCUCGCGUCUUCAUUGGCGAGUGCUGGAAGCUUAUAUAAACGAAAGCUCGUGAUCCGAACGGAAAAUCUAAUCUGUGGAUUCCCAACAGAUGCAGUGUAGUUUU